AUGAUCAAACAACUCUUCAGGCCGCAAAAAUACCUUAACAAGAUAGAUGCCGCAGGUGGUUCUGGCAGCAUCCGCAUCAACCAUGGCACCGCGUCCGCCGCGCUCACUCUCACAAUCAACAGAACAGUCCGUGUUCCGGACAACCAGGACACCAACAUGCUGCCGCCUAGUCUGGGCCACUUCCCUCUGUUCAAGGUCCAGGACUACGCGGACCGCAUGCCGUCGGACAUGGUGGCCAAGGGGGGUCUCUUCUUCCCAAUGUACCAACGCGAGGCCAUGUGGAUCAACUUCACAGCGCUGCGCCCGUUCGCGCUCAAGGUCUAUGUCGGGGGCGUGAACGCAGUCUCCGGCUUUCCGAUGCAGGAGAAUGAAACGACCCGGCAGAAGCGUCUGAAGAUGUUGAAAGAUGGUAAGCGGAUCCAGGACUACAUGGUCGUGCCUGACCAGCGCUGGUUGGACGGUAUCGCGAGUGAGGACGGCAAAAUUAGGCAGUUCAUCGCCAAGCCCAAAGGCAGCGGUUUCAGCGUCGAAGCUCAGGUUACCGGGGAGGAAAAGGUUGGCGGUGUUCAGAUCGAGGUCAUACCAAUCAAGUGUGAAUUCCCUAGAGAUAUGGAUGUGCGAUACGAAAACCAGCAGGGCCAAGUGAUUAAGCGCACGCUGGUCAUGGCCGAUAAGCGGUUGAGUGAUCGCAGCACAGUCUCCGACCUGAAGGAUGUUUUGAGUAGUGAAUUUGGUAUUGCGGUGCAGGAUCAAUGGCUCGAAACCGAGCCACACAACAUGGACUCCUACAACGCACUCGAUCAGAAUACUGGAGCGAGCAGCCCGAUGCUAGGAAGCCUCUACUUCAAGCCGAAUGCCACUCUCAAGCUGUCUCACAAGCAUCGCGAGCCACUGGGCUUGUAUGGCGGUUAUAGUUCUGCAUCACCUCCCCUGGGCUGCAUGUUUGGAGCCUCUCCAGCCACUCUCUCAGUGGAAACGGGUUCCAAUGAAGCAAUGCCGCCGCCCUCAGCACCGUUGAUGUCAAAAAGCAAUUAUGGAGCAGCCUGUCAGCUUGUAUCGCUCCAGAAUGCAGUUCUGCCGGUAAAGCUGCCGUCGCCACGAGGCCUCGGCGGUCCCGCCUCCAUGGUCAAAGAAAUGGGCCUCGCAGCAGGCGGCUUCAUCCAGCAGACCAUCGAGCCGGAUUCCAACCCAUCCUCUAUCUGGGACGCGGAGGCGUCGAUCCUGCUCAAUCUCCAGAUCCUCGACUCGGAAUCCUUCUGCGACGUCACGGGCCUCCCUCCGCCGCCGACACCCAUAGAUGCAGAGACGUACGCCCAGCAUGGAUACCCGUUCUUCGAGAUCUGGGGCGAGGAGAAGACGGGAGUCAAGGGAGAUUUCGACGAGGUGAAGAACGUCGCCCAGAUCGAGGCCGAGAGAGCUAGGGAGAAGGGCGAGAAGGUUGUGGAGGAGGAGAGCGUGCCGCAGCGUGUCCACAUUAUUGGACAGUUCAAGAGCACGUUCCAGCCGGUGGAAGUUUUAAAGAAGGAUCUGGAGCGUCUGAUGCUUGGGGUUUGAUUGUCUCGGCGAAUGUACUACCCGGCCAGCAGUUGUCGACGUAGGUUUGUGCGAUAUUCAGCUGUUUGGUUGCGAGGAGAGACGACCGUUAUGACUUAAUACGAAUAAAAUGGGUUCUCCAGGGAAAGAUUGAUGACGAUGAAGUCUUAGUCACAACAAAGGAGCCUACGAGCGAUCAAGCGAGAGCGCAUAACGUUCG